AUGCCACCCCUGCCACUCCCUCCUGCACAGACAGUUCUACAACCAAACCCUCCUGCACAACCUUUUCAACUACCGAACCCCCCUGCACAACCCGUUCAACAACCGAACCAUCCUGUACAACCCGUUCAACAACCGAACUCUCCUGUACAACAACAUAGACAGAGGAGAGUACUACAACCUAUACCUCAGAUAAGAAGGGGACAGCGUGUGAGAAGGAGUUCAGACAUAUUUCAAAAUUAUGAAUUACAUCUAACACAGAAGGACUACCUCCCCAAGGGUGACUGGGUGUCCUUAGUAUGCUCUGUUAUUGGUUUUGGUGUAUAUUUCAUCCGUAGAAGAAUAUUAAAAAAAAAAGAACAACGUCAACAACCUACAAAUAGUCCAAAUUUUGAAUUGAGAUGCCAAUUACAUGCCCACACACCAGAAUCUUAUGAACUGUAUCUUGAAAGACUUGCAAAUCCACAACAAGACAUUACGCAGCAAUUUAUAUUUAAUGAUUCUCAUAGUUUUGAAAGUCAACGACCUAAUCAUCAACAAUUAUAUGCACCUCAACAAUUACCUCAACAGUUACCUCAACAAUUACCUCAACAGUUACCUCAACAAUUACCUCAACAGUUACCUCAACAAUUACCUCAACAGUUACCUCAACAAUUACCUCAACAAUUACCUCAACAGUUACCUCAACAGCAAAUAGAUCAACAACCCAACUUACGAAGAUCUCAACGUAUUCGUAAUCCUGUUGUGAGACUUAAUUUGUAA